CCUAAAAUGGUGUGAAGUUAAGGCCCAGAAGAACAUAUAGGCCAGGGCUAAAAACCCACCCACCUCCUCUGUCACUUAAAGACCGAUAGCUCGGAUGAAAAUUUGGCUCCAUCUAUGUUUCCUAGUUCUACUUCAGCUUCUGUCUCAGAAACAGAACAUCAUUUGAUCUUCAGUUUUCUCUCUUCUUGUCUUUCUAUCAAGGUACGUGAUGCUCAGUUACUAUUCUCAAAAGGCUAUCUUUAUUAGUUGUCUUUAAAAGCCUAUGCUAGUUUUUCUUGUUCACUAAUGUUGAAGGGACCAAAGCUCGCCCCUGUGAGCAAAACCCUUCAAAUUUUUAUCAAAACCCAGUCUUUAUCACCUUUUCCAUCUGGAUUUGUUAGAAAAUUCAGUGGUUUUAACUCAAAAGAUAAUGGGUCGGCACAUGAGACUGAAUGGGAAAGAUUACUCAAGCCAUUUGACCUUAAAGAACUUAGAAGAUCUUUCAAUAAGAUUACACCAUUUCAACUUUGUAAACUUCUUGAAUUGCCACUCGAUGUGGAAACUUCAAUGGAGAUAUUCAAGUGGGCUGGUGCCCAAAAGGGCUAUUGUCACUCGUUUAGUGUGUACUAUUUGUUGAUUGAUAAGCUUGGGGCAGCUGCGGGUUUUAAGGUUAUAGAUAGGUUGCUAUUGCAAAUGAAAGAAGAGGGGAUUGUUUUUAGAGAGUCCCUUUUUAUUUUGAUUAUGAAAUAUUAUGGAAGAGCUGGUUUGCCUGGACAAGCUACUAGGUUGUUAUUGGAUAUGAAGGGUGUUUAUUGUUGUGAACCAAGUUUUAGGUCGUAUAAUGUUGUGUUGGAUGUAUUAGUAGUUGGUAAUUGUCCUAGUGUUGCAUCCAAUGUUUUCUAUGACAUGUUGAGUAAGGGUGUUUCGCCAAAUGAUUAUACAUUUGGGCUGGUGAUGAAAGCACUUUGUAUGGUUAAUGAGGUGGAUAAUGCCUGCUUGCUGCUUAGGGACAUGACUAAACAUGGUUGUGUGCCGAAUUCGAUGAUUUACCAGACUUUGAUAGAUGCACUUUCGAAGAGAGAUAGAGUCGACGAGGCCUUGAAACUUUUGGAGGAAAUGUUCUUGAUGGGUUGCCCGCCUGAUGUCAACACCUUCAAUACUGUUAUUUAUGGUUUCUGUAGGCUCAAUCGAGUUCUUGAGGGAGCAAAAUUGGUUGACCGGAUGAUUCUCAAGGGAUUUACCCCUAAUGACAUGACUUACGGAUACCUAAUGCAUGGAUUGUGUAAAACAGGUCGAAUCGAUGAAGCUCAGGCAUUGUUGAGCAAAGUCCCUGGUCCAAAUGUUGUGCAUUUCAAUACACUGGUUAAUGGAUUUGUGAGGAAUGGAAGAUUGAAUGAAGCCACAGCUUUUGUGUAUGACAAGAUGAUAAACAAUGGCUAUGUUCCUGAUGUUUUCACAUUUAGCACACUUGUUAAUGGCCUUUGCAAGAAGGGGCUUUUUGGUUCUGCUCUUGAAUUGGUUAAUGACAUGGAUGCUAAGGGGUGCAAGCCCAACUUAAAUACAUAUACAAUUUUGAUUGAUGGGUUCUGCAAGAAAGGCCAACUAGAGGAAGCUGGUCUUAUUUUACGUGAGAUGUUAACUAAGGGACUUAGUCUGAAUACAGUGGGAUACAAUGCCCUAAUAUCUGCCUUGUGCAAGCAUGGAAAGGUUCAUGAAGCCCUGGACAUGUUUGGUGAAAUGUCAAGUAAAGGAUGCAAGCCUGACAUAUUUACUUUUAAUUCCUUAAUUUUUGGUCUGUGCAGGGUUGAUGAGAUGGAGGAUGCUUUGGCUCUUUACCGCGAUAUGGUUUUAGAGGGUGUUAUUGCUAACAGCGUAACUUUCAACACAUUGAUUCAUGCUUUUUUGAGGAGAGGUAAAAUCCAAGAAGCCCUUAAGCUUGUAAAUGAUAUGUUAUUUAGAGGAUGCCCUCUUGAUGAAAUCACUUACAAUGGUCUAAUAAAGGCACUCUGCAAAACUGGGGCUGUUGAGAAGGGAUUGGGUUUGUUUGAAGAAAUGAUCAGGAAGGGGCUAACCCCCAGCAUUAUCACUUGUAAUAUUCUGAUCAAUGGCUUCUGUACAGCUGGCAAAGUACAUAAUGCACUAGAGUUUAUGAGAGACAUGAUUCAUCGAGGUUUCUCGCUAGACAUAGUCACUUACAAUAGCCUAAUUAAUGGUUUAUGCAAGGCAGGACGCAUUCAAGAGGCUUUGAAUCUCUUUGAGAAAUUGCAGGCUGAAGGAAUACAACCUGAUUCUAUUACAUAUAACACUCUGAUUUGCUGGCUCUGCAGAGAGGGAGCAUUUGAUGAUGCGUGUUUUCUUCUCUAUAGAGGUGUUGAGAAUGGCUUUGUACCUAAUGAUGUGACAUGGAAUAUCUUGGUUUACAAUUUCAGUAAACAAAGUAACUCAGAGUGUCAGACCAUCGUCUAUGCUCAGUUUUCGUGACAGAAAGGUAGCUUCUGCUCUUGAAAGAUGGAAUCUCUUUUGGCCUACUUUAUAUUCUAAAAGAAACAUAUCCCAGUUGGGACAUCAGAAUUUCUGCUUGGAUAGGCCAUUGGCUGCUAAGAAUCACUGGGAUUUAUGGGCUCUGGAAAUAAUCUUUGGUGAAAGAAAUGAGCAUUCAUUUUGUAGUGAUCAUAUUGUGUUUUGUUCACUUUUGGAUUUUUUUGAACGUCAAAGGGGUCAUGCUUUGCCUGCUGGUGGGAUUUUUGGCUGGAUACAAGUAAAGGAGAUAGGUACAAGUUUGAGCCAGUAAUUAUGAGGUGGAAGGCUUCACCUUAAUAAUGUCUGCCAACAAAAAUCUUUAAUAGUCCAAACUCAAGGACACCAGAUGAAAUUCUAGGCACCAAAGGUACCAGACCAACCAUUAUCUCCAAAUGUGAACACUGUUGCACUGUUUUGAUGCUUGGAGACUGCUUAUUCAUAAUUUCCUCAAUGGUUCCAUAUCCUUGACUUUUGCCCCUGAUGCAACACUUCCUAACAAAACAUGCUGGCUGCUUAAGCUUGAGUGCAUACCAGCUAUGAAAUGCCAGGACAUCGUGAUUCAUUAGUUGGGCAACUUGACAGAGCUGAAACGUUCGAGCACAACCAUAGCAAGCUGGUCAGUCAUUAUUCUCUUGAGUAGGCAAGCUACAGCGAUGCACAUGAGCUUUUUUUUUAGCAGACAGCACUGGCUCUGAGGUCAGCUGAACUGUUAAGACUCGAUUUUUUGCGGGUGGCCAAGGAACAAUAAAAAUCAAGACUAGGUUCUUGUUAAAAGGGGUUGGGCCUCCUAUUUUGGAGCGCAUCAUAGAGAACAUUUCACGCCCCCUCAUUCCCCCAAGUUUACUGCCAGAUUUUGUUCUUUUUCAUGCAAGUUUUAGAUUCUUCUCAAUUUGUGUUGUGAUUCCUCUCCCUCAUUCUUAUCCACUCUACAUCACAAUUUUCUGAAAGAUAAAACAAAUGAAUGACCUUAUUGAGGAACAUUUUUGGUUUACAGAAGUUCUAUAGUUGUAUGUCUUGGAGAGGAACUGAUCUUUAUAUCUUAGCUGCUUGUUGAAAACAUUCCAGAUUUUGGUUUUAAUCAAAUAAAGGAUGCUCGAGAAGCUCAGAUGCC